AUGUCAAAUAUAUCAAAGAGGAGAAAAGAGGGAUCGAGAGCUAAGAUCAAGACUAUGGGAGACCACAAGGAGUUUUUAAAACGUAUUAGUAAAACAUUGUAUUAUGGACAAUUACCAACACUUCCCUGCUUAAGUCUUCCUGUUACUGAAAUAUCGUGCGAGUUGUGGUCCGUCCCGCAGCGCGGGCGCUCGUUGCGGCGCCUACACACGGACGCGGCGGCCGAGAUCGCACGUUCCGCAUGUGUAUCGCCCUGUGCGCUCGUGCUCGCCAUCCUCUACCUCGAGCGCCUCAAGCGCUGCAACCCUGACUACCUGAAUGCUGCUGCUCCUGCUGAUUUGUUUCUUGUUUCUUUGAUGGUCAGCAAUAAAUUUCUACAAGAUGAUGGCGAAGACGAUGAAGUCAUAUGCUCCGAGUGGGCCGCGUCCGGCGGCAUUGAGCUCAAACAACUUAAAAAACUUGAAGUGGAAUUCCUUAACGCCAUAGAUUGGAAUGUUUUUGUAAGCGAUAAAUCAUUUGAGGAGGGACUACUUUGGCUGGAGCGGCAGGUAGCCCUCAGGCAAGCGCAGCUCCGCGGCUUCUUCACGUACACAGACCUCGCGGCCGCCUGCAACGCGGCGCUGCUCGGCGACGCCGUGCGCGUUGCGGCCGCCGCUGCCGCCUCCGCCGCAGGCCUGCUCACGCUCGUCGCCUCCGCCCUCGUCGUGUCGCAGGCCUGCCUGCCCCCCCUACGCCCCCUGCACCCCCUGUCCGCCGCACUCGACACAACCACACUCGAUCACAAUUACCAAAAUGAAUUGCCUAUUAAUCUCUCCAAUGCGACUGUGGAUAUACAGACCUACACACUAUCAGAUGAUUCGGCUACAAAUAAUCUUAGGUGUUGCAACAAGUGGUUGAAAUAUCAAGAGGAGAGUGAACCGAAAAAGACAUGGUACGACGGUGUCAUCACAUAUGACUGGAAAUUUGAGCCGUGGUGGUCUAGAACGUCGGUACUGAACUGGCUGUACCAGAGUUCUCUCAUUAACCCAAUGCAAAGAUGGCUAGAGAAAAUGAAUCAAUAUAUUGAUUUCAUAAAGAGGGACAUGGGGUAUAUGAAAGGUAGUAGUGUGGAGAAAUGCAAUAGUUACAACAGACUCGGUAAGAGACAGUGUGUGCGGCAGUGGCUGAACUUGAGCAAGCUGAGUGUCUUUGUGGCCUCUGUGUCAGAUCGAACUUCGACUUUACAGAAGGCAAUCACCAUUUUUAAUUUUGAAGAGGUAUCACUUGAAAGAAGUCAUCUUGACCAAGGAGUAUGGUUGGACCAGUACUAUCUUGCCGCUUGCUUUCAGCAAGCAUUGUAUGACAUUGCAUGUGUAAGUGUGCCAAUGCACAAUUUCUCGCACUUGCUAAGACUACGAGGAGUCCAUCCGGCGAGACAAACA